AUGGAUGUCAUUCGUCGUACAUUGACCACCGGCGGUAUUAUUGAUGGUGGAACUACCUUUUUCAACAGGGCCGAUUUCCGAUCAGAGCGAUUUGAAUUCAUCAAAGGUCUCGACAGGCUAUGUAAUUUGGCUAAAGAUAGUCUCAGCCAUGAUAUUGAAACAUUUCAAGCUUUGACUAUGCUUUUAUAUCAAUUGAUACCACGCACUCAAUUCGAUAGUGAAAUGAAUAUCACAUUGGAUCGAAUGAAACUAACCGCAUCUGUAGCAUUCACCAGAAUAUUGGAACUAUUUCGUUUAACUAUAAUAGUUAUGGAAACGCAUGGAUAG